AUGGCAUUAUUGACAAUGAAUGUUGGUCUCCUUCAUCCACACUCUCGUCGCCUUCAUGUUUUAUUGAUGCUAAUGUCGGGUACGGCUUGUAUGGCAUUAUUGACAACGAAUGUUGGUAUCACGAUCACUUGCAUGGUCAACUCGACGGCAGUUGCUCUAGAAGCCGCUCAUUCAGCUUAUGACAAUGAAUCAGUCUUGUUGAUGGAGGUGACAAGAGAGCACGAGCAAUGUCAUGCCGACACAGCGGCUUUAGUUGUCGACUAUGGGGUGAGAUGGUUG